CGGCAAUCGGCAGUGGCGGUCGGUGGGCGAGUGAAGUGUAAAUAAUAGAAAGAAGAUGGUGCAGAUCAUUAAAUAAACGAUUUCACUCCAUUUUCAUUCCCGUCGUCAUUUUGGGCGGUGUUCCUUUCUUUACGUUGAUUCUACACUAUUCGUACAGUCACCAUGGGCUCGGGGAGCACCAAAGUGCAGUCUGCAACAAACACGCAAGGGGCGGGACACGGAGGAGAAUUAAACGCAAACCUGCAAGUGAAGGAUUCAAGUACCACACAAACGGCUAAAAACGAUGAACUCCGACAAAAAUAUGAUCAAGUUAUCGCCCUCGCGACGCUGAUCGUCGUGUGUUUGAUCCUGUUCUUGUUGAUGUGCAAGAUGGUGCUACGUUGUUGUGUGAGCUACAUGGAGAUGGUGCAGACGCAGGCGGCCGCGGGGCCGGGCGGCGGCGGCUACCGGCGCUCCUUCGCGCAGUGGCGGCAGUCCGUCGUCGGGCGGCGGUACGAGCCGCCGCCGAGGGGAUAAACGUUGCCUUCCCUUCCAAUACAGUUGUUGGCUCAAUCUACUUUUCGACCCGCACAUCGCUGUCAGAGAGUUUAGAGCAAACAAUCUCACACGCAACUGCCACAUCUCUAGACGUUCAAACAUCGAUGUAUUAAAUAACAAAUGCCAUCAAAUUUAUAAUAUAGUAAAAAAAUGUUGCACGUCAAAUCAAAC